CUGCACUGUUUCGCGACUCGACAUCGCGCGCUACAACAUGGCAGGCAAAGCGGCAGGCGCCAAUCCCCUCGUUAUUGCAGGUAGACCAGACACAUCGCUCAACGUCCAGUUGCAUCCACUCGUACUGCUCACCAUCUCCGACUACAUCACACGACACACGAUCCGCCAGCAGCAGGGCCCUGCACUCGGAGCUGUCAUUGGCCAACAAAAUGGCCGCAACUUCACUCUCGAGCACGCUUACGAGUGCAAACUGGCCGACGAAAAGACAAGCAGCGUGUCGUUAGAUGGCGAAUGGUUCAACGAGCGCCUCGAGAUGUACAAGGAGGUUCACAAGGAGCCAGCGCUCGAUCUGGUUGCUGUCUUCGCUCUUGGUCCAGUCGAUGGCCCGCAGCCUAGUCAUCUUCCACUCUUGGAGCAGGUCAAGACCAUCACCAACUCUGACAGUAUUCUACUGCUGCUCUUCCACCCAGAACUGGUGGACAGUUUGCAAGGCGGGAAGCUGCCGAUCAGCCUGUACGAGCCUGUGGAGGAGACUGGCGGCGAUCAGACGCAGACGCGCUUCAAAGAGCUGGCUUACGAAGUUGAGACGGGAGAUGCAGAGAGAAUCGGAGUAGAUUUCGUUGCGAAGGGCAGCGGAACUGCAACAGCCGUGACUAAAGUGGAGUCUGCAUCGACUGCUGGAGCUUCAAAGGCGAAAGAUGCAGCCAAAAGCAAGGGUAAAGGUAAGGCGAAGGACGGCGAGGAUGGCGAGGCAAACGGCAUUGCUGCAUCGAAUGUGCUCUCGCCAGAAGACGAUGAGCUCAUCUCAUCGCUUCAAGCCAAAGUCAACGCUAUCAAGAUGCUGAAUGAGCGCCUCAACCUGAUUCGCAAGUAUCUCACCUCGCUUCCGCCAAGCUACCUUACAGAUGCCACAUCCACGGCCGCGCCUCCAGAAGGCACAAAUCAUCCACUUCUUCGCAGCGUGAAUGCGAUGCUCUCAAGACUUCCACUUCUUGCGCCACCCACGGGCCAGCAAAUUGCGACUGACACGCAAGAGCCGAAGACUCUACUCCAGCAGGCAGGAGAGCGGGAGAAGCAAGACGUGCACAUCACGUCUCUGCUUGCCAGCCUCACACGGUCAAUAUCAGAAGCUCAGAGCAUGGGUGCCAAAUUUGGCAUUGUUCAGAAGGAUCGUCAUCUGAAAGAGUCACGCAACGGCUUUGGCAGCCGGGGCGGACGCAUGGGUGGCUUUGGAGAAGAAUCCGCCAUGGCCGACAACGGCGCGUUUUAGGAAGACCCGUCGAACGGAGGCUAUGGAGGCAGCUCCUCUGCACUGGGUGCACUGGCCAAUGGUUUGGUCAGUGCCCGGCGCUGGUUUCGGUAGGAUGGCUGCACGAGCGAUACGAUGACAUGAGUUAUGAGGAAGCAUUGCAAUGGCGUUUGGGCAGGUCGCAAGACGCAAGAGACGCAUAGAAAUUGCAUCAAGGGUGAAUGCAGAUGGUGACACCGCGCAGAAAGUCGCUAGGUCGUAGACCAGAUACUCGAAAUGGGAAGAGCUAUGUAAUCUU